AUGGACGCAUCCGCUGCUAUUAGCCAGCUUCGCCAAGGACAGAAACCCGAAUGGCCGCAGAACGCCAACACGUCAGACUUUGCCAAAACUCUGGAUAACAGCAGCGAAUUCCCAAAGACAUUGCGCCAUGAGUACGUUGUUCCGACAAAAGCACAAUUGAAGAGGAAAACACUCAACGACGAUGCACAAACCGCUGCCAAGGCUUCAAGUAGUGAUGACGAGGGUAUUUACUUCUGCGGCAACUCUUUAGGCCUCCAACCCAAGGCUGUCGGCGAAUACCUGAAUGCAUACCUGAAGACAUGGGGAUCCAUUGCCGUUGGCAGCCACUUUACACCUAUGGCCGACUCGCCACUUACACCUUUCCAAGACAUGGCCGCAGAGUGCGCAAGGAGAAUGUCCGACAUUGUCGGCGCAUCGCCGUCAGAGAUCGUUGCCAUGAACACUUUGACCAUAAACCUGCACCUCAUGAUGGCGGCAUUUUACAAGCCAACAGAAAAGAAGCACAAGAUCAUGUGCGAGUGGCGGCCAUUCCCAAGCGACUGGUAUGCGAUCGAGUCGCAAAUCGAGUGGCACGGUCUGGACCCGAAGAAGUCGAUGCUGUUAGUCAAGCCUGAUGAUGGCUACCUCAUGACCACAGAGAGCAUUCUCAAACUCAUUGACCAAGAAGCGGACGAAUUGGCGUUGAUCAUGCUUCCGGGUAUCCAGUACUACAGCGGCCAGCUCCUGGACAUCCCGACCAUCACCACACAUGCGCGCAAGCACGGCAUCACGAUCGGGUGGGAUCUGGCACACGCUGCUGGUAAUGUUGAGCUGAAGCUGCACGACUGGGACGUCGACUUCGCAUGCUGGUGCACCUACAAGUACAUGAACGCCGGUGCCGGUGCCAUUGCCGGUGCAUUUGUGCACUCCAAGCACGGCGACAACGGCUCCAAUGUAGGCCUGAAAGGCUGGUACGGCCACGACAAGUCAUCGCGAUUCCUCAUGGACAACAAAUUCGUCCCUACGCCUGGCGCGCAGGGUUUCCAAUGCUCGAACCCCUCCGCCGUCGACCUGACAUGCCUAGCUGGCUCGCUCAGCGUAUUCCAAAAGACUUCCGUCGCCGACCUGCGAUCACGAUCACUUCUCCUCACCGCAUAUGCAGAGCAUCUCCUUACUCAAAUAGCAUCGCGGAACAUCAAGGACGGCAACUUCCCCUUCCAGAUCAUCUCACCACUAGACCCCAGGUUCCGUGGCGCACAGCUUAGCGUGCUGCUGCAGGAGGAUGUUAUGGAGGAAGUCUUUGCAGGGCUGGAAGAAAACGGUGUCAUCUGCGACAAGAGGAAGCCAGGCAUCAUUCGCGUGGCGCCUGUGCCAAUGUACAACACUUUCGAGGAUGUGUACAAGUUCAUGCACAUUUUGGAGGGUGCAUUACAACCGAAGGCUGAGCAAAAGACUCAGGCGCACGGAGAAGCGGUGGAGGCAAGGUUAUAA